AUGGAGGCCUCCGCGGGGCCUGUGUCUCACUGCGGUGGUGUCGAGACAGAAGAAGAGUUGCUGCUGUCAGAUGACAGUUUGCCUUCAGCAGAUGAGACAGAGUCAGAUCCGUUGCUGCUGCUGCUGCCAGUGGCUUCUCCCCUUGCUGCUGCUGCUGCUGCUCCCAGCAGCAGCACCCGAAGCAGCGUGGCUGCAGCAAAGCCGAAGCAUAAGAAGCGCUACACCCCCACGCCGAGAGCGUGGGCCAAAGGAAGGAUGCUGCCCAGCCGCAGCAGCAGCAGCAGAAGCAGCAGCAGCAGCAGCAGCAGCAGCAGCAGCAGCUACUGCCGCAGCAGCCCCAGCAGCAGCCGCAGAAACAGCACCGUGCUGCCAACUUCCCAAGUAGAGCAGCGCCAAGACAGCCUCUGCAGCGCCACCACAGCAGCAGACAGCCGCAUGCAGAGCAGCAGCAGCAGCAGCAGCCGGACAGAGCUGCCGCACAUCAAAGACUCAGCCAAACCCCCUUCACUGCAGAAACCUAACAGCAGCAGCAGCAGCAGCAACAGCUGGGCCGACAUGCCCUCUCCUGCUCGUGCUGCAAUUGCGAAGAAGCUGCAACAAAGUCACCAGAUACUCCAAGAGGGAAGAAGACGCGCAAACCCACAGCUGCAGCAGCAGCAGCAGCAGCAGCAGCAGCAGCAACGGCGGCGGCGAGACCGCGAAGCUGCUUCCGCCCCCGGCCGUAGCAGUGCAGGCUCCCGGGCCAGCGGCGUCUGCAGCAGAAGCAGCAGCAGCAGCAACAACUUCAACAGCCGCAGCAGCCGCAACAUCCACUGCAGCGGCAGAAGCAGCAGCAGGAGCAGCAGCGCGUGUCAGCCGUUUCCAACAGGCAGCACUCGCAGCAGCAGACCCGACCCCAGGAGAACCCCAACAGCAGCAGCAGCAGCAGAGGCCGAAAGAAGGGGCCCCCUGUGUCCCCACGGGCUGCGCUUCCGCAGCCUUUGCUGCUUCUGCAGCAGCCCCGAUGCCAAAAGAGCAGCAGCAGCAACAGGAGGGGCCCGUUUGCUGCAGCCCACAAUUGCUUCUUUAAUGCAUGCAGCCAGCAGGCUAGUGAGCCGGCAGGCGCUGCUGCAGCAGCGGGCAUCUUCAGCUCCCGCACCUCUGCCCCUCCCCGCGCGCUCUCGCUCAAGUGUCUGUUCAGCUCCUGCGAAGCCCGCAGCAGCAAAGCGCAGCAAAAGUGCUCACGUGUUUGAACGGUUGUGGGGAGACGCGCUGGAGAAGCAAAAGAAGCAGCAGCAGCAGCAAAACAGAAGACACGGCAGCACGGGGCCCUGGGGGGCCCGGCUGAGUGACCCUGGGGAGGCUUUGUGGGGAGCUUUGUGGGCGGCCGGCAGCAGCAGCAGGACUGCAGCAGCAAGAGGAAAGGCCCGGAAGGCCUCACCCCUUGCCACAGACAGAGAGGGACAGAUUAUUGCUGCCAGCAAAGGCAAGCAGCAGCAGCAGCAGCAGCAGCAGCACGGGAGGCAGCGGGGAGCAGAGACAGGCUACUGCAGCGAAGCUGACCAGGCGCUUGACGCAGCAGCAGCAGCAGCGGCAGCAACAGCCCCAGCAGCAGCAGCAACACCACCACCACCAACAGCAGCAGCAGCAGCACCAGCAGCAGCAUUUUCGCUCAUGACCCCCACAGGGCCCCUUGCCCUCAGCGCUGUGCCGCUGCUGCCAGGGGGGACUUGGCUGCCUUUGCUGCCGCAGCCACAUGUCUUUACCCCUCGCUCUGCUGCAGCACGGCAGCUGCGCCAGCAGCAGCAGCAGCAGCAGCAGCAGAAGUUGCAGCUGCAGCAGCAAGUGGUGAUGCAGCACCACCCGCAGCAACAAGGGAGACCCGCGGAGGACCAGUGGUCCGCUCUUUCAACAACAGAAACACCCACAAAAGCUUAUGAAAACGAAUUGCUGCUGCAGCAGCAGCAGCAGCAGCGGCAGGGAGCACAGUUGCUGCGAAGAACAAACAGCAGAGGCAUCGGCAAGUGCUAUGAAAACGGCGAUGACAGAGAAUUCCUGCUGCAGCAGCAGCAGCUGCUGCAACCUGUGCAGCAGCAGCGAAACCUCCAGCAGCCGCAACAACUGCAGCAGCAGCAGCAACUGAUGUCGCAGCCUUUGUGGAAGCUGCCAGUCACACCGACAGGGCAGAGCCCCAAAAUGGCUGUUCCAGUGCAGCAGCAACAGCCGCAACAGCAACAGCUGCAGCGGCAACAGCAGAAGCUGCUGCAGCAGCGGCUGCUGCAGCAGCAGCAACAAGUUGAUGGGUCUUACCAACUACCUGCUCAGGGGUACGGCCCUCUUAGCCAGCAGCAGCAAAGGCAGCAACUCCAGCAGCAGGCAUCUCUCUUCCUCCCUCGCCAGCAGCAGCAGCAGCUGCAGCAGCAACAGCUGCAGCAACAGCUGCAGCAACAGCAGCAGCAGCAGCAGACGAGGCCAGUCAAGGGCCUGCUGAAUCAACGCAACGCCCAGAGCCUGAAGGACUACCUUGGCCAAAGCUAUCCAGCUCAACGACAGCAACUGCAGCAGCUGCAGCCGCAACCGCAGCAGCUGCAGCAGCUGCAGCAACAGCAGCAAACACGUCCUGCUGCUGCUGCUGCUGUUAGUCCAGCUGCUGUCUUGCCAGGAAGCUCUCAGGGACUGGACCAGCCGCCCUUGUGGCAACGUAACUUCUUUCAGCAGCCGCGCAUGCAGCAGCAACAACUGCAGCAACAGCAGCAGCAGAUCUUCCAGCUGCAGCAGCAAGCGAUGCGUCAAGGAUUCCAGCAGCAGCCCCAACAACUUCGCCAGGCACAGCAGCAGCAACAAAUGCUGCUGCAGCAACAGAAGCAGCGGUAUCUGCAGCUGCAGCAGCAACAGCUGCAGCAGCAGCAGCUGCAGCAGCUGCAGCACAGUCGAGGGGCCUUUUCCAGGGCCUUUCCCGCCCAGAAGGUGCAGCAGCUGCCCCAGCUGCUGCAGCAGCAGCAGACGGCGCUGCGCCAGCCAGCUGCACCAAGAGCAGCAGCAGCAGCAAAUGCUCCUGGCAUAACUGCAGCAGGAACGCUGCCGCUGAGGAGCAGCUCCCGUUCUUCGCUUUUGAGUCAUUAG